AGCAUGUUUAGGGCCAAUGUGGAAGGUUUAGCGAAGAGAAGGCUACAAAGAAAUGGCAGAUUUGGGCUCACUAUCAGUUCGACAGCUUUGCAGAGAGAAAACGGCCUAAAACACCGGUUGGAAGGCAGUGGUAUGUAUGCAAGCGUCUAGUCUGCCGGAAACGCAAAAGAAGAGAAAGAAGAGCUCUAUCCCACUCGACUCUGCAACACGCUCCUGCUAGCCGGCUAAUAAUAAUGAGCUAACGCCGGCUACCUGUCGAGCCUCCCUCGCCGCUCCCAAGUGACUCAUGCUGAUACCCUUAUCACUCCGAUAGUUAACGUUAGCAUCCAAUACGUUUCCCUCUAUCUCCGGGAGUCCUUUUAAAAAAAACUGUUUUAACGACCUUUUUAACCACCACGUCGUACAGGAUACCUAGCCACUUUAGAUGGCCAAGGUCCAUGUUUACUAAUGGAUGGUUCGUGCAGUUGUUAAACAAGAAGAUUUACGGGUGGUCAAAGACAGCAGAUCAGAGGAGGUGCAAACUUAGUUUCUUCACCAUGGGAAACACCUGCAGUAACAACCUGGGGAUCCCUCCAGCCAAAGGCCCCAAUGCUGUGGGAUGCACUGACUUCAUGAUGGAUCACACCAUACAGGGCACCUUCUUUCGACUUUACUAUCCUUGCCAAAAGUCAGAGAAAGCUGAAAAACCAGACUGGAUCCCAAGCAGGGAAUACUUCAAUGGUCUGGCAGACUUCAUGAAAAUAAAUAGAACGCUCAGUGAACGGAUUUUCAACUACCUCUUUGGAUCCUUUAAGAUCCCAGCGUUCUCGGAUGCUCCAUUUAAACAGAAUGGAAAAUGCCCUGUGGUGAUCUUCUCCCAUGGCCUGGGUGCAUUCAGGACUUUGUAUUCAGCUAUAUGUGCAGAGCUUGCCUCUCAGGGCUUCAUUGUGGCUUCAGUGGAACACAGAGAUCAGUCUGCCUCCGCCACCUAUUAUUUCCGCGAAAAGUCUGAGUCGGAAAUGAUGGAGGAAGCAUCGUCCAACAGGUCCACUCCAGCCUCAGACAACCAAGUACAGGAAUGGAUGUACUACCGAGCUCUGGCGCAUGGAGAGAGUGAAUUCCCACUCAGGAAUAAACAGGUGAAACAGAGAGCAGAUGAAUGCAUUCGGGCUUUGGAUAAACUUAUUGAAGUCAACUCGGGGAUCACUAUGCAAAAUGUGCUGCGAACGCAGUUUGACUGGAGAACAUUGAAGAACUCCAUGGACCUCUGUAGGGUAGCUGCAAUGGGCCAUUCCUUUGGCGGAGCAACAGUGAUUGAAGCAUUAUGCAAAGAGGCCAAAUUCAAGUGCGGCGUAGCUCUGGAUGCCUGGAUGAUCCCUCUAGAUGAAGAGAUCUUUCCACAGGUCAAGCAGCCCAUCUUCUUCAUCAACUCAGAGAAGUUCCAGUGGGCAGGUAACAUCAGCCGCAUGAAGAAGCUGGAAUCGGCCGCCAUACAGAGGAAAAUGAUCACCAUCAGAGGUACGGUCCACCAGAGCUUCCCAGACUUCACCUUCCUCACAGGCAACUGGAUCGGCAAGCUGAUGAAAUUGAAAGGGGAGAUUGACCCCGAGCUUGCCAUUGACCUCUGCAACAAAGCAACAUUAGCCUUUCUGCAGAGGCAUCUUGGUCUGGAAAAGGACUUCAGUCAGUGGUACCCUCUAAUUGAUGGGAAGGAUGAGAACCUCAUUCCAGGAACUAAUAUUACUGUGCCCCAGUCUGCCAUUUGAGCCAACGCCCCGCCUCGGACACUGAUGAAAUCAACCACUUGGCACUGCUUCCAAAGAAAUAAUCCAGAAACUGUCACGCCAGGCCAGCCUGACAUUUCAGAUAUAAGCCAACACAAAAAAAUAACUGGAAGCAUCAUUUGGAACACGAUUUUGUCUUCGAGACGAGAGCAUUCAUUUACGAUACAUGGUGGGAGAAACGAGCCUAAGCCAGUAUGUGACUUUAUUCAGGUUUAAAAAAAAACAAAACUUUGAUAUAUUACAGAGUUGCAGCUCAUCCACUAUACCAAUACUUUUUGGGCUGGGCCUUAAAUGUGGCACACAUAUGUACUGUUUUUAAAUUUUCACCAUGACCAGUAUAUUUAUCUAAGAAAUGUUUUUAAUCAUAAGUUCCAUAGUCUCCCUAGAAUGUAAAUCUAAAUAAAGAAAUCCCUUUACAGAAUGUAUUGCUUAGCAUGGACAUUGAUAUGGCUAAAGGAGCCUCAUUAUAUCGCUGAUCAGAUAAUCUUUUAUACAAUUUUAAGAUAUGGAAAGAAAUUAUCUAGCACAAUUGCACAAGUAUGCCUUAAUUUAAAAAAAAUGAAUCCAAUCGAUAAAACGCAAUUGAAUUUCAAGAAAAUCAUCAGCUCCUGGACUUCAGCGUGUGUUAAGAUGUCGCGUGCCUUAAUUCACAACAGUUAUCUUGGUUACGCCAACACAACAGCCUCUCCUGUGUUUGACUUUCCUCAUACUUUGCCAAUCCACUAUCAUGCAGUAAUCGUCUAAAAUACCUUCAUUUGUACGCUAAAAUUCAAUAAAUAUUUGUAUACAAAUAUGGAGGAUUCCACUUUAUUUCGUGUUCAACAUUUUGGAUACGUCUUGAGGUUCAAAUAAGAUGUGGACUUCACUUGGAUAAGACCUGCUCAGCAUCUCCCUCAACUUGCUACCACAUGGGUGAUGCAGUAUUGUAAUUGCCAGGGUCACAAAAUCUGUCCUGAACACUAAAUCAUAGGAGCAAGGGAAGAGUUAAAAUAACGUGUGGGUUUUCAUGUGACCACAGUAAUGGGUUGUCCUUGUUUAGCAAUCAAGUCUGUGUAGUGAAGUGUUGUCUAGCCGACCCGAAGGACGAGGCAUAUGACUCAUGAAAGGAACUGCAUUCAUAUUUAUUGUGCCAACAUAAAUGUCCUGAAUAAAAGCAGAC